UAAAUCGGAUUCCACCACUAGAGUUCUCCCUCUGUUUACCUCUGAGUGUUCACACACAAACCACCAGCCUCCAAACCAGCCGGAAAAUCACUAAUGUGAGCUUUCUGGUGCUCCAUCCUUCAAGGAUUUGUGUGUUAGUGACACCGGAGCAAAAGUGAAGAUGAAUAAGGAAAUCAUGUCCCGCGUGGUGAAGAAGAGGCUGGCGGACCCGAAGGUGGUGCAGUACGUGUGGGCGGCCAUCGAGGUCGUCCGAAACCAGAAACAAAUCGCUAACAUGGACCGGAUCUCCAAGUACCUGAGCCGGAUGUUCGGGAUGCACCCGAAGGAGACGGCGCGGCAGCUGAGCCUGGCGGUGAAGGACGGGCUGGUGGUGGAGACGCUGACCGUCGGAUACAAAGGAUCGAAGGCCGGCAUCGAGCAGGAGGGAUACUGGCUGCCCGGGGACGAGAUGGAGCCGGAAGCAGAGGGAAACAAGCAGGAAUGGGAGGCAGAGAGCCACGACUGGUACUGCUUCGAGUGCCACCUCCCGGGAGACGUGCUCGAGUGUGACAACUGCUUCAGAGUCUACCAUCUCAAGUGUCUGCCGGACGAGUUCAAGCCCAAAGACGGAGGCUCGCACUGGCAGUGUGGCGCCUGCAGGGGCAGUAAAAAGAAGAACCUGAACAAACAGGAGAUGAGUAAAUACCUGCGCUUCAUCGUGCAGCGCAUGAAGGAGAGGGCAGUCGACCUAGCCAAGAAAGGCAAAGACACGAAACACCCCAUGUACAAACGUUUGAUCCACACCGCGCUGGAGGUCUCCAACAUCCACGAGAAUCUGUCUGAAGGAAAGUAUAAAAGCUUCGAUGAGUUCAAAGCCGACGCUCAGCUGAUCGUCCACAACACGGCCAUCCUGUACGGAGUUAACAGCGACCAGGCGGAAAUCGCUCGGCUGCUUUUCAGCGACACAUGCCACGAGCUCAACGAGUUGUUGUUGUGUAAAACCUGUUUCUACCUCUCCAACGCAAGGCCAGACAACUGGUUCUGUUACCCCUGUAGUCCUAACCAUGACCUGGUUUGGGCCAAAAUGAAGGGUUUCGGAUACUGGCCGGCCAAAGUCCUCCAGAGAGAAGAGAACCAGGUGGACGUUCGCUUCUUCGGACACCAGCACCAGAGAGCGUGGAUCCCGUCGGACAACAUCCAGGACAUCAAGGUGAAAGUCCAGCAGCUGCAGGUGAAGCGCAGCAGCGGCUGGAAGAAGGCCUGCGAAGAGCUGGAGGUUUACCAGCGCUUCGUGAGAGAGGGACGCUUCUGGAAAACAAAGAUGGAGGAAACCAACAUGGAAACAGAACAACAGCAGCAACAGCAACAACUACUACAACAACAACAACAACAACAACAACAACAACAACAACAGCAGCAGAACCAGAAGCAGGAAAGUGGAGGAAAGACGGAUCGUUUGGAGCGAACUGAUGAAGCCGAGUCCAGCAUUUCGUCCACCAGCAACGAACAGGUGCGACAUCUCAAAGGCAGCCUGGAGCCCAAGGCCAAGAAAAGCCGUCGAACUCAAAUAGUGGAGCCCAAAGAAGAAGCCAGCUCUCACGUCUCGUCUCUCCUGCAGGACCCCGAGCCAGAGAUGGAGGCUGUGAGCUCCAGUCAGGAGAUCCCCGUGUCCUCUGCUCCUCCUCAGCCAGAGAAGCUCUCCGUGUCCACGCAGACCAAGAAGACGAGCGGGGGGUCGCCUCGGACGCUGCACCGCGGCACGCAGACCAGCAGCGAGAGCGCCUGCCAGAACAUGUGCCACGAGAAGUACACCAAGGUGUUCAACGACGUGAAGGAGAUGAUGAAGGCCGACAACAAGAGGGAGACGGAGAGGGUGGUGCGGGAGGCGCUGGAGAAGCUGCGGGCAGAGAUGGAGGAGGAGAAGCGUCAGGCGGUCAGUAAGGCGGUGUCUGGAGCUCAGGGAGAGAUGGAGAGGAAGUGUAAGCAGGUGAAGGAGAAGUGUAAAGAGGAGCUGGUGGAGGAGGUGAAGAAGAUGGUGGCUCAACACAAACAACUCAUCUCCACCACCAAGAAGAAGCAGUGGUGUUAUAACUGUGAGGAGGAAGCCAUGUAUCACUGCUGCUGGAACACCUCCUACUGCUCCAUCAAGUGUCAGCAGGAGCACUGGCACGCCGACCACAAACGCACCUGCCGCAGGAAGAGAUGAACAAGCCCCUCCCCCUCACACCUGUACACACAACGCCAUUGGCUCCCUGAACCCCUCCCUCCCUUCCGUCAGUCAGUGUCUACCACACACACACACACACACUGAUUCUCAACUACUUGCCUUCCUGAAAACUUUGUGUGAGACGAGCAAUUUGUCCCCGUUUUUUUAAUUUUUAUUAUUUAACGUGCCCCAUUUUAAUUAAUUUUAUACCAGAUUGCUCCGAUGCAGAGUAUGAUAAUGAUUUUUUUGGGGGGGGGGGGGGGUUCCUUUCUUUACUGAAGUGCUAACUUUGAGAAUGUGUUAUCUAAGUGUGUAGUAACGGACGAGCGUAUACAUUUUAUUACCUGGAUUUUUUCAAAAUCACUUUUCUUACUGUAAAUGCAAACAAACACACCGUCGAUAUUACAAUUUAAAUAUUCAAAAAAAUACCGUAAGUACUAUCAGCAUCAAACUAGCUCCGCUUCCAUUCGGGAAAAUUGUUUAAAAAAUCUGCGUAAGAUACUGAUUUGGCUCAUAAUAUAAUUUAAUAGCAUCUCUCCUAUGAUUUCUACCUACCUUCUUAUUGGGAACAGGGUUACUAACGUUGGCCUUAAGAAAGACGCCGACAAAUAAAUCUUCCAUGUAUUAUUAAAUUAUAAUAUAGUUAUGCACAUUUUGAGGCUCUUUAUUCAAGUUGUUACGAGUCAAAUAUGAGAAAACAAAAGACGUUUGUAAUUGGUUUUAAAUGAAGAGAAAUGCAGAGCAAUCUCCCCUGAGCUGGAUCUUGGAGAGGUCACAUGACAUGACAGUUUUUCACACUUUGUUUCCCAAAAGCUUGCCAAAAAAAGACAUUGUCUCGAUCCUACCUACGACCAGGUCCUCGUCCUCAAACUGAAAUCAUUCUGUAUAUUUUUCAGAUUUCCGUGAGUCAUUUUUCUAGUGAUUAUUUUAUUUUUUAACCCUUUCACUGCGUUGCUGUAGUUGGUGGUCAGUGCCUGUUCUCUCCUUUUCUCCAUGCAUGUUGAUAGCGUCAUCCUUUCAUUACGGUAAACAAAAAGCUUGGUGUUUGAUAAGCAGUGACGACGGAUGGACCAAUAUAAAACUUUAUGCAAAAUGUGAUCAAACUAACCUUUUUCUACGGCUCUCCCCGCGGUGUUUAAACACGCCGGGAAAGCCUCGUUUUUUAAAAAGGGGCAAUUCAAUUGUCCGGUUUUUCUUUGAGAAGUGCGACACACUUUUAAAGUCUGUUUCCUCAGUAAUGAAGACUGACUGAACGGAGGAAAUGCUUCACUUACUCUGUAUAGAUCGCUUUUUUUUUACACACAGACGGCUGUUAAUAAACGUCUUCUGUCGACAUGUGACAAAUAAAAUACCGUAAAUCCUCACGUAGUGGGAGGAGCUUCCUUCAACUCAACCAGAUUUAAAGUCCUGUAGCUUCUUUGACUUCAAAUAAAAACUCAUCAAAUGCCACACGACAUACUCAUACACUAAAACGGUCCAUUAAAUAGACAAAACUAAAGUUGAAAUACCUUUGUAAAUCGUGUUGUGCCAGAAAACAAUAUUUCUGUUCGUCAAAAACUGUAAAAUUACUCAAAUAAUAUGAAAAUGGUGUCGAAUAGAACGACAGAGACGGAUCAGCGCCACAGUACUACAUAAUUAGAAAAUGAAGUAUGUACUUUUUGCUAAAAGAGUGUGUACUGUGACGUAGACGUGCAUUACUGUUUUAAACCAACAGCAAAAUAUACAACAUGUUUUAUAACUUGUAUUUCAACGUUAUAAUGCAACUGCUCAUUAACUUCAAAAUUUAAGAAAGCAAUAGUUUUUUUCAUUAACUUAAUAAAUGCUUGAGAUAUUCCUCACUAUAGCAGCUCCUCUGUUAGUUAGAGCUCUGACUAAUGAUGUUACAUGUUUUUAAUCUAUUCAUUUAAUGAUGUGUUUAAUGGCAGCUCAUUUAAUUAUCCUGUUUUAUCCAAAAACAUUUGUUGUUUCUAACAUUUUUAUAAAAUAUCUCCCGUUUCCUUGAAAGGCUUUUAUUGUGAGCUUUUUCACAGGGACUACUUUCAGUGGCGGAUGAAUCCACAUGUGGUGCUCUAGUGAGUAUGUGUGGCAGCAGGGCAGUGUAUGAGGGGGUUACAUCAAUAUAAAGUGCAGUAUGUGUGUUUUAAAAAUGCACCGUGUGGCUUUUUGAUGAGUUUUUAACGGGUUUGAGUCAAAAACAGCUUUAAGGCACACAAAAUACUUGUUUUGGACAAAUUCAACGUUUAUUUGAGUCUAAAUAAGAUUUGAAUUGGAAAAAGCAGUGAAAAGAAAGGACUUCUAUCCUAAACAGUACGGUAAUUAAAAAAGCAGCCCACUCUCAGAGGAUUUACGGUACCAGACUUCUCUCUCGAGUCUUUUUUAUUUUUUGAAACUCAUUUAAGUGUAUCACUUUAAGAUGUAAUUGUACAGUUUGACCUCUCUCUGUUCAUCCCGCAGCUUCUGGUUUAAUACAAUGUUCCUCCUCUAUCUUCAUCAUCAUCAUCAUCAUCAUUGCACUACAUGUAAAUAAAUCCUCCUUCAUAUUAUAUUGUAUAGAUGGAUUCACAGAUAUCUGUUUCUCCUGUGUUCACAGACGACUGUUAGUUCUAGUUUUGUACAAUGUACAACCGCUUAUCUCUGAGAUGUGUCACUUUCUUUCUGCAUUGUUUUAAUUAGUUUUGAGUCACACACACACACUCAUAUCUAAACUGUACCUUCAGCUCUCACACACACACACACACACACACACACACACACUCAUAUCUAAACUGCUUUUUCAGCUCACACACACACACACAUCUCAAACGUUGAUGAAACUCAAGCAAAACGUCGAUUAAAAACCUCCCUUUUCUGUCGAAGGUGAAACAUUUUCUAUUACAGCUUUUAUAUUCGUCCAUCCAGCCGUUUUAAUAAAAAGAGAAUAGGUCUUGGAUGUCAUUCCUGUUUGUUUUUUUACCUGCAUGAGUAAAGUGUGUUUCUUUCGACUCCUUGAAAAAAAGACAGCAAUAUGACAAUGACGUUUAUACAUUUUCUGGAACUACAGUCGAGUUAAAAGUGGUUUGAAUCCCUCAAACUGGACUUGUUAUCGUCUUUGUUCCACAUAGUACCGACUGUGGAGUCAAAGCAGAAUACAGUUUCCCGCCUCAUCUUCUGUCCAUAUGUAAACUAUUAAAUGUGGUUUAACACUUAUUUUCUAUGCUCCUGACAUUUCGUUUUGUUUUGAUGCUUUAGCUAGCAAUAUGUAUAUAAAUAUAUUCUAUGUGCUAACAUGGAGGAAAUAAAUGUAUCAACAAGUU